AUGAAUAAAAUAAAUGUAAUUUUUGACGAGUUGAGACAAAAUGAAAUCGAUUUUGAUAAGCAGACUUUAUCGUUUCGUAUAAGUGCAAUUCUCGACCACCAUCGAGAUCUAUAUCGUGCAGUGAAUGCUCUUGGUCUAAACCUUGACCAAGUCCAUAGAGAAAUAAAUAUGACAAACUUUGGUCGCAUUUUUGCGUAUUUAGCGUUAGUUUGUGUGCAAAGUGACACCGAGGAAAGCGUUCGAGAACAUGUCCGAAAAACUGUCGAGGCCUUUCGAACUUUUCAUAUCCCAAAGGCGAAAAGGAAUAAUAAACCACCAAUUUUAAUAGCGCUCUCACUUACACUAAUAGCUUUAUAUGUCAGUCUAUGAUUGCUGACUGGUUCAUUUCGUUCUAACCUCUGAGGUGAAAGGAUGCCCUGUUGUGGUAAAAGUCUUCCAGAAAUUUCCCUCCGAGACAUCUUUCGGAAAGUGCGUUGUAUUUCUGCUUGCUGUGGAGGGACAAUUGUAAUUCAAGCCUCAGACAUUGAUGGCAGAAAAGUAACUGAGCCAAAUCUAUUACAAUCCGGAAAGUCCCGCAAGUUUUGGUGGCGUAGAUUCAAUUUACCGUGUUGUAAAAGACGAAGGCAAACAUCAGAUAUCGCGGAAUAAAAUACGACUAUGGCUACAAAAGCAAGACACAUAUACUUUACAUAAACCUGUAAGAUAUCGUUUCAAACGGAACCGUGUCAUUGUAGGCGCAAUUGACGAGCAAUGGGAGGCGGAUCUUGUGAUUAUGGACUCGAUAAGCAAAUACAAUAAUGGCUUUAAGUACAUUUUAACUGUAAUCGAUGUACUUAGCAAAUAUGCGUGGGCUGAACCGAUAAAAACAAAGACUGGAGAAAAUCUUGUUAAAGCCUUUGAGAAAAUACUUAAAAAGGGUCGAAAGCCUGAAACGUUUCACACCGACAAAGGGACAGAGUUUAUGAAUCGAAAGUUUCAAGCCUUUUUGAAGAAACAUAACAUCCGGUUUUUCACGACGCAAAACGAGACCAAGGCAUCGAUUGUCGAAAGGUUUAAUCGUACGCUCAAGACGAAAAUGUGGAAAUACUUUACAGCGAAGAACACGCUCAAGUACGUGGACAUUCUCCAGAAACUGGUAAAAUCUUAUAAUCAUUCGAGACAUCGUAGUAUUGGUAUGAGGCCUGUUGAUGUAAAUGAAGACAACGAGAGCAUUGUGUGGCAAAAACGUUAUGGAGAAGAGUCAGACAAACCCGUUCGGUUUAAGUUUAACAUUGGCGAUCAAGUACGAAUCGGCAAAGCAAGGCGCACAUUUAAGAAAGGAUACUUACCUAGUUGGACCGAGGAAGUGUUUACGAUAACCAAACGU